AUGUCUUUCGAAGAAGUCGGCAAGCAGUUCGUCGAGUACUACUACAAGACCUUCGACGAGAACCGCGCUGCUCUCGCCCCACUUUACCGCGACCACUCCAUGCUCACAUUCGAGGCCUCUGGUAUCCUUGGAGCAGCAGCCAUCGUUGAGAAGCUCCAGAACUUGCCCUUCCAGCAGGUCCAGCAUCGCACCGACACUCUCGAUGCUCAGCCCUCUGGCCAGAACGGUGUUCUCGUCCUGGUGACCGGCGCGCUCCUCGUCGAGGGGUCAGAGAGGCCCAUGAGCUUCACCCAAGCUUUCAACCUCCAGCAAGAUGGCGGAAGCUACUACGUCCUCAACGAUGUCUUCCGACUUGUAUACCCUGCCGCAUAA